AAGAAAAGAAAAAAGAGGUAAGGGCUUGGAUGGUAAAGUCAUGCUAGUGAACUCUGCAUAUUAAAAUAAAGUAAUUUGUGUUCAUUAUUUCUUCAAAACCUAUGUACAGUUUAGAUUUUCUCUUUGUUUAUUUUUUACUUUGUUUUUGAAUAUGCCUAAACUGAUUUUCUUGUUUGUUUGUUAUUUGUGUGCAAUUAGAAAACCAAUUUAAGAGCUUAUACUGUCAUUAUGAUUACAGUAGAAGGACAACAUUAUUUGAAAUACAUAAACAAUAAGCUUAAUUGUUUGCUAGUGUUGGCAGCUAACCUUUUCCUUUAUUACAGAUCGGUGGAUCUGAAUUGUGUAAAUGGAUGCACAAAUCAACAUCAGCCAAAAUGGAGUCCUGGAAAAGCCUGUUUGUUAUGAGUUUAGUAACACAUCUUGUCAGAAGUUUGUCUAUCCUUUGGAAACUCGAAUAUUACUCUACAUCCUCUUUAGUGUCUCUUCAAUUGUCACAAUCAUAGGAAACAUGUUGGUGAUCAUAACGGUCAUUCAUUUCAAGCAGCUUCACUCACCAACUAACUACCUCAUCCUGUCACUGGCCGUGGCAGAUCUGCUUGUAGGAGGAGUUGUGAUGCCUCCCAGCAUGCUGCGCUCCAUCGAGACGUGCUGGUAUCUGGGAGAUUUUUUCUGUAAAAUACACAGCAGUCUUGAUGUGACUUUGUGCACUGCAUCAAUUUUAAACCUCUGUAUCAUUUCUUUAGACAGAUAUUAUGCCAUAUGUCACCCCUUUCAAUAUCACAGUAAAAUGACGUCACUGGCCACACUAGUUAUGAUUAUUAUCUGCUGGACUGUUUCAGCUGCUCUGGGGUUUGGCAUGAUCUUCAUGGAGCUGAAUAUUCUCGGCAUUGAAGAUUUUUACUAUGAGAACAUUGAUUGUGAUGGAGGCUGCUUUGUGUUUCAGAGUAAAGCUGGGGCUACUUUAUUUUCAUUAAUCUGUUUUUAUAUUCCUGCAUUUGUCAUGCUCUGCGUGUACCUGAAGAUCUUACACACAGCUAAAAGGCAGGUGCAGGCCAUUCAGAGUGUGAAUUCUGAAUUAAAAAAAGAGGGAAAAGCCACUAAGACUUUAGCCAUCAUCAUGGGCGUGUUUCUGACUUUCUGGAUACCUUUUUUCCUUUGUAAUGUUAUUGAUCCUUUCAUUGGGUAUGCUGUACCUCCAUUGCUGUUUGACUUGUUUUUGUGGGUUGGAUAUUAUAAUUCCACAUGUAAUCCCAUAGUGUACGCCUUCUUUUACAACUGGUUCAGACAAGCAUUCAGAAUCAUUCUAUCCAAAGGAGUAUUUCAGACUAAUUCUUCAAGAACAGUGCUGUUGUAAUAAUGAAACACUUUACAUAAAAAUGCAUUUCUUGUUGUUUCAUUAUUUUUUUUCAAUGCAAUUCAACAGAACCUUCUUACUCAGAGGAGUGCAAAACAAAUCGGUUUUUAAAACACUUGCAUGUGAUUUAAGUGCGUGCAUAUAUGUGCGCUGCAUGCCCUUCUGGUUGUGUAAAAACUGCAUGGUCAGUGCUAGAAAAUCACUCCAAAUAACAUGAGAAAAUAUUUAAAAACUGACACUUAUACAUAUUAAGUUCUAAAUGACUGUCCAUUUUACUGUAUAUCAUUUGUAAAAACAAACUUAACAUGACAGAAGCACCAAGCACAUAUUUCAGAAAAUUAUUUUGAGUAAGAUGUGAGACACCUUUACUUAGGUAUUUGUAAUAUACUUCUUAGUUACGUUUACAUAGUUUAUUGUCAACUGUAACUAUUUAAAACCAAAUAAUAUACUGUAUUUCACAAAGUUAUUUUAUUUAAAUAAUAUGAGUUUCAGCUUGCUAGGUAUAAUUUUUUUGAAUGCAGUGGUUCUCAAAUCUAUUUCUACAGGCCCCUCACUAUCUGACACCUGGUUAAGUUACAGCACUCAACAAUUGAGCUGAUGAGUUGAAUCAGCAUGUUAGAAAACAACAACAACAACAAUGCAAAUAAACAAUGUCUUUCCACAAAAAGGAGUGCCAUUUGUGUACCCAACAUUUAAUGAAGUGCACUUAUGUGCUUUGCAAGCUUAAACAGCCUAUAUAUUCAUCCAAAAACGAAUUACAAGCAUAUCAUAUAUGAUGAUUGUGUAUUUUUAAAAUAAAUAUUUUAAAGGAGUAUAUGCAUUAAAACAUUUCAGUACAGUAUAGUUAAAUUUAUAUUUAAAAUAUUUCUAAACAAAAAUGUAAAAACAUCAUAUUUUAUAGUUAAAUGAUUCAGAUCCUCGAAUCUGAUUGGCUGAGAAGCCUUCCAGAAGUGCUGAUAUGGCAGAAGAGAAAACCCACAAUAAUUUUCAAAAUGCU